AUGGGCAACACCAGCAGUGCCGUCAUCGAGAACAUUGUGGAAGGGUCCAAUUUCGACAGAGAUGAGGUCGACAGGCUUCGCAAGCGCUUCAUGAAGCUGGACAAGGACAACUCAGGCACCAUCGAGCGCGAGGAGUUCCUCAGCCUUCCCCAGAUUGCCUCGAAUCCCUUGGCCACCCGCCUGAUUGCGAUAUUUGACGAGGACGGAGGCGGCGAUGUCGAUUUCCAAGAAUUCGUGUCGGGGCUGAGCGCAUUCAGUAGCAAGGGCAACAAGGAGCAGAAGCUGCGGUUCGCAUUCAAGGUGUACGACAUUGAUCGUGAUGGGUACAUCAGCAACGGCGAGCUGUACAUUGUGCUGAAGAUGAUGGUGGGCAGCAACUUGAAGGACCAGCAACUGCAGCAGAUUGUGGACAAGACGAUCAUGGAGGCGGAUUUGGAUCGGGAUGGAAAGAUCAGCUUUGAGGAGUUUGCGAAGAUGGUGGAGAAUACGGAUGUCAGCAUGAGCAUGACCUUAGACCAAUUUUGA